AUGAAAGAAAAUAAUACCGUCAAAGAACAGUUAAAUUUUAAUAAAAUGUACAAGAAUGACAAUCAUAGUAAAUCGACAGAACCAGACCCUGUGCAGGCACCCACUAAACAAGAGAUGAGAGAAUACUAUAAGAUCGAUAGACAAAAAUAA